UUUGACAGGAAACCACAAUUCCCAGGAUGCACUCGCGAUCGCUGUGGCUACUGAACGGGGGAAGGGAAGCUGAGAUUGGAGGGAGAAACAAUCAGAAACUCAGAUACUGCGCGCCUCCCUCCUUAGGAGCUGGGCCGGACGAGAACCCCUCUACAUGAUCCCCGUGGCGGUUCCCCUUCUUCGGCUUCUCCGCUGCCGCCGCUGAGCUCAUCCAGUAACGCAGCUUUCGACGAACUGCCUUCGCUCUGGGUGCCAGAAUCAUGACGAUUCUUGGACGGGGAGAGCCCAGGCCGGAGAAGCAGCAACAUCAUGCGGCUUCUGUUUGCCUGUGGUGGGGCUGAGGGGUGGGGGCUGAGCCGCGGAGGAGAGGAAGGAGGCAGGCUUUCAUGACACUGGGCGCUGCUCUUUGUGGCGAUCCCGCUGACUUGCAUACGCACAAUCGAGGCCUGUAAGGAAAAAAAAAAAAAAAUAAUAAAAGAAACGCGUCUGCCGAAAAGAAAACGACGAGAUGAUCCGGACAACAUGGACCCCGGUGGCGUUUCUGUGAAAUGCGGACGUUGGCAUGAGGAUCUCUGCGCAUGUGAGGAGAAAAUGAGCAAAGCCUAGAGACUCUCAGUCCCUACAGGUGUGCACUCCCAGAAAGCAUGCUGCUCUGCGCUGCCGCCCCCCCGGUCCAUCAUCUUUCGUGACUGCAGAAGCCUUUAGGGGCCGCGAUCAGGAACAACCUCUACAGUCAACACGAUCACGUGCCAUGGAAGAAAACAUUGACGUCACAUCGCACACAGAGGGCCUGAAUGGUUUGUCACAUGAGCGUAAGCCUGUAGAGGAGAUCACCAAUGGACAUUCAGCCUAUAAGCCUGUUGUUAAUGGAGUGGUUAUAGGUCACGGUGGUAAAGACCACACGAAUGGCAGCGCACCUUUGAGAUCCCUGCCGAUUUCAGCGCUGAAGCAAAAUGGCCUUCUGCAGACCCUGGCAGCAGGUGGAGACACGGCCUACUCCACAGAGGAACGAGAAGAUGGCGAGCUGGAAAAGGCCAGGCAGGAGUGGGAGGCUCUGGAUAACAUCCAGCCAGCUCUAACCGAGGACUCAACCCCGACCCCGCUCAUCUCCUUCAACGAAGCCCUGCAGUACUUCCAGACCACAGACCUGGGAGACCUGCUGAAGAACAUCCAGCCAACUAUUCGCAGGACCGGUCUGGCUGCGAUUGCACAUUUCUUGUUUGGACCUCCGCGACUGCACCGGGAGCUCCUGGAGGAGAGGGAUCUAGUCUUUGCCAUCGCCCAGUGCCCUGUGGAUAACAGCCAAACCGUCCACAUGCGCGUCCUGCAGACCAUUUACAAAAGGCUGGUCGGAACCAGGCUGGACUGUCCUCGCUACGGUUCUCACUGGGAGAACGUCGGCUUUCAGGGUACGGACCCAGCCACUGACCUACGUGGCACCGGGUUUCUUGGACUGAUGCACACUCUGUACUUGGUGAUGGACCCAGAAACCCUCCCACUGGCCAGGGACAUCUACAAGCUGUCCCAGCAUCCUACACAGAACUUCCCAUUCUGUGUGAUGUCAAUCAACAUGACCCGCAUCGCUUUGCAAAUCCUGCGAGAGGAGGCCCUGUCUAAGGAGUGCAAUCGUCGUCAGCAAGUGGUCGGUGUGCUCAACGAGUUUUAUGUUGCCACAUUUCUUCACGUGUACCAGCUGUGGAAGACCCAACAGAAGACAAUUGCUGACUCUGGCUAUGUGCUAAAAGAAGUGGAGCUGUUUGCCAAAAAGAACCCCAAGCAGAUGCUGCGCCGGCUAGAGGUCUUCCUGAAAGAGAGGCAGGCAGGUGGAGUCCCCCGUGGGACGUCGCCGGACCCCCAGGCCCACCAGCCCUCUCCCAGCUUGGGGGAGAGAGGGACUAAAGCUGGGACGGGACAGGGAAGCAGGGGGAAGGAGAUGCACUUCACAGGAGUGUGUGAUCUCCCACCAGACAUGGAGGGAGAGGCCAGACUUAUCUAAACUACAGUCUGUGUGUGUGUGUGUGUGUGUGAGCGAUCCUGACCAUGAUUAAAUCUAAUACUCUAUGUGAGAAUGGCUUAGUCGAAGCGAGGACAGCUCAGCGCUCGCUGAUCUGAGGUCUGCUGUCCGGAUCUACUCACACAGUACUUCUUCCUACAAUGCUGGGUGCAGCACUUUGAUCAGAUUAAGAUUGGUGAUCUUUAAGAGUUAUGUAUGAUUUUUGUUCUAAUUUAUUCUUCAAACUCGGGACAUAUAUAUAUAUAUAUAUAUAUAUAUAUAUAUAUAUAUAUAUAUAUAUAUAUAUAUAUAUAUAUAGUCUUUAAUGUAAGAUGUCACUAAAAAAGCAAACUGAAGUGGAUAUUUGCACUUUUCUGUAGUUGUCGUAGCCAAAUUAACAGCUGCCAAAUUCCUUUAUUGUUAAACUUGUCUAGGAGUCCAAAAUGUUCACGCCCAUGUCUCAAGGGUCUCUCAGCAGAACGAGGAGCUUCUGUUUUUGUGAAGGCUUUGCGUCGUAAACCAUGCAGCAGAAGAGCAACGCUGUUUAAGCUCAACCGGGCUUGAAGCGGGGUUGUUAUUGAGCUGCGUGGGGAGAAGAUGGAAAACCUGAAGAGGUUUUAGGGGCCGUUUCACAGGGAUCAGAAGUCGCAUGUAGACCCUGUUUUAAAGAAACUUUAUGCAGUAGGAUUUGAAUACAGCUCGACUUGAAGGUGGUAUCGUCGUUGCAUUCAAUCUUAGAAGGUGACUGGAGCAUGAAUGGACAUACAGUCCAGUUGUGUGGAAGUAAAGCCAGUUGUCAAAGAUCAACUGGAUUCAGUUUUUGCAAAUGACCGGGAAAUAGAUUUUAAAUAUUAUUCUUAAAGAUGUCCAUCUUAGCUCUUAAAAGACUUUGUCCGUUUGAGUCUGACUCCCCAGUUGUGCAUAAAUGCACUUCAGACAGAUGGCUUGGUGAGCAAGAACAGAUUUCUAUCAAAACAUUGGAGUCGUCUCACUUCAUGACUUGUUGCAGCUGCAGGAAAAAGCCGUUUCGUGUGUGUGUGUGUGUGUGUGUGUGUGUGUGUGUGUGUCUGUGAGAGAGAGAGAUGGGCAUGGGCCGGCUUGAGAUUGUCAUGGUGUGAUAAAAAAUUCUGUGGAACUACAUUGUUCCAUAGAUCUUAAAUCUUAAUUAAUUUAUUAAAAAAUUAAUAGCAUGAUAGGAUUUCUUUUACCGUCUAUUUUAUUCAAUACAAAAAAGUCACAGCUAAUCUCACUUGAAGCUGCACUACCUUAAUAAAACUGUCAAGUGGCGCUCUUCUACUUCCCGCAACGUCAUCAUUCUUGUUUAGUUGGUAAUCACAAGAAAAUAUGUCCCAACAGUCAAAUUUAGUUUUUGUGGAAAAGUGCAGUAGCCCUCUUUCAGCCAGCUGACUGGCAGUGCACAGCAACACGAGGAGGGGCAGAGGAGUCAGAGAAAGCUCCGCUCACAUCGCGCUUUCUCUGACUCCUUUUUAACAGGACCUUUAACUGUAUAAGUGGUGUGAUGGAUUUUUUAUUUAUUUAAUUAUUUUAAUGAGUUUUUGACACCAGAACUUUAAGGAACCUUGGCAUCCCUUGAUGCUGUAGCCAGCCCAUGCCAGCUGUUGUGUGCGUGCUUGGUCCCGGACGGAGCCAAGAGUCCGAUCUGAACUUUCUCUACAUUCCGUUAUAAAGCAUGUGAUUUCUGUUCGUUUCUGUUUUGAACAAACGUUCCUUGUGCGGACGUGUGCGUGGUGAACUAACUUGAUCCGAUGCUGAUGAAGGGCGCCUCUCCUCGGAGAUGUAUGGUACAGUAUGCAAUCCUUGCUCUGUCUCUAUGAUAAUCAAAAAAAAAAACACUAGUGCUGUAUGAUGAUGAUAGAAAUCGUUCCUAAUUUCAGGGUUUGUGCACUCGUGCAAGCGAAUGCGUGCGUGCGUGUGAGUCAUGUGACAGAAAUGGACUACAGAUGGGGGCGGCUUUCUUUUGCACACAGCAGUGCCAGCUUUACUGAGCCCUUGAUCCACCGAGCUGCAGGCACACGGUACUUGCGUCAUGCUUAAAAUGGUACAGCAGGUUAGCGUGGACAGUGUUUAUCAGGCGGAUCGUUUUGCUCUGGAGUCGGGUCAGGCUUCUCAGUCAGGCCGGUUUCUGGUUCGUGGGCAUGUAGAAACCCGCCUCCCAUCGUCGUAACCUCAGUCUGUAGCAUGUUCAGGUAGCUCUAGUACUGUAGCAUCCUAUAGCCUCCUCCUCUUCGUACAGCUUGUUGAUGUCAUGUCUCGGUUCCCGUCUGUAGUGUCGAUGAGCGUGCAAACUGUUACUACUAUAGCACAUGCAUUCCAUAGCUUUCUUCAGCCUCCUCGGCCAGCAUUGGCGAGCGCUCUGACGAGCUGCGGGAUGACGGCGUAGAGCUCAAACUUCCGCCCCACUGUUUCCUUAGCAAGCGUUCGCUAGCAGGACCUGCAACGCAAAAGGUUCAACCAGAUCCUGGUGACAACCAAAGUGAGCCACGCAUACAGAGAAAUCAAAACACAGUAGCACAUGAAUUUUAUUAUGUGUUUUUAAAGUGGAAUGACACGGGGAGUAAAUAUUGAACGUGCUCUCUUUAUUUCAUCAAAUGUUUAGCAAAAAAAAAAAAAAAAAGACUUUGUCGGGAAAUAGAUCCUCAAGAUGUCUCCUUUAGGGAAACUAGUUGCGUGCGUCGCUCAGGCGUGAUUCUUUUACACAAGCCGUCUUCAGAUCUUGAAGGUUCAGGAGACCUCUUCUAUGCACUCUGAUCUUAGGUUUGAAUACUUUUAGUUUUGUUUUUAUGGCACUAGUGGCCUUUAUUUAUCAGCAGCUGACAGGGGCCCGCAGCAGAAGUCCACGGGCCGGGAUUGGAACCCAGGACAACCAUGUGGAAGACGGAGUUCAUAGAUUUUUAAUCGGAUUCAAGUCGGGUGAUGGACUGGGCCAUUCUAGCAGCUUUGCUUUCUUCCUCUGAAACCAGAUCGGUUUUCUGUUUGUUCAGGCUUAUUGUCUUGCUAAAAAAAAACAUCAUCCCCGUUAUAACCGCAGAUUCUCAUCAAGAAUGUCUUCUGAUCAGUCUAUAUUUUCUGUAUCUCGUCUGCUUGUCUAGAUGUUCUGCGGCAAAUAAUGAGCUUCGACCUGUGUUUUCUUCAACAGUGGAGUCUUGUGCAGUGAGCAUUCAUAGUGGUGAAGUGCACUGCUUGUUUUCUGUCGAACACAUGUGCUCGCUAAUCCUGCUUCUCGGUAUUGUUUGGACUCCUCUGUCAUGUAUCCCAUCUGGAUUGCGGUCCCAGCGACGCUCACAGGAACACUCAGACGUUUAGACAGGCGUUGGUAACCGAUGCCGUCAGAGUGGGUCUUUAGGGAGCUCUUUGUUUUCACCCAUCUUGAGAUUAAUAAGAAACCUUUUUAGAGGCAAUCAAUUAGGACUAAACGAGCCAAUAUCAGUUUGCACUGAUAAGGGAGCAGGAUUACUUUCUAAAUGCUGACAGAAGUUUUAUUUUUCCUGGCAUUCGGUGCCUUUUAUGCCUCCUUUUCUUCAGGUAUCCAUUGCCUAUUCCCUGUGUCAUCAAUGCACAUAACCUCAUUCAUGGACUAAUUUGUUUAGAUUUUUAGAUAUUUAACACUUGGGUUGUUGCCAGAAUCCACCCCCCACCCCCACACUGCAUCCACUGGAUUCAUUCAGACUGUCCUCUCUUCCCAGUUCUGUCUUUUGAUUUAUGCCAUUACACCAAAUUAGACUUUCUGCACUCCGAUAACGCAGCGUACGAAGUUAACCAUGACACACCAUGGACUAGUUUAAUACACUGGCAAGCAUACUUCUCUCAUAAUCUACUAAUAUUCUUCACCAUCUCCUGUUUGUCGUUACUAUAACUUCAAGAAUGAGAUUAUCUAGUUAGCUAAUUAGCCAAGGGUUUUAUGGGGGGUUGAUUGAUCUGGAAAAUUUGCACUGUUGUAGAUAUUUGAUAAGAAUGUGUGACGUAUGCAAGAGGAAGCAGGCCAUCUUCAAUAGCCAUAUUGUGAUGUUCAUUUACCGCCCAGCUCAUGAAACAGGCUUUGUGAAGUCAGAACCCCCCCCCCCCCCCCCCGCCCCGUUCUGAAAUGAACUGACCCAUCGCGACGGUCUCAUAUUUAGUUUGAAGAACUUUUAUGCUGAAGAGCAGUGCAGUGUAUGUAAAUCAGGAAGUUUGUACAUAGAGAAUUAAUGAUUGUAACUGUAUGAUUGUCUGUAGGGCAUUAUACUGAAACACAUUGCUUACCUCAAGACUUAAGACUAAUCUUUUUCUCUCUCUCUCUCUUUCUCUCUCUCUUUCCCUCCUCUGGUUUGGCCUCCCUCUCAGGCUCGUUUUGCUUAAUUCUACUUUGGCCCGUUUUUCACGACCCAAUUGGAAAUGCUAUAUAAUUUAUACUCGGCACUUAACACUUAUUAGCCAUUUAGCACAAAAAGCCGAUCAAUGUUAAAUGUAUUCUAUUUACAGACACUAUAUAGGCCCACGUGCUCCGAUGCACAGCUGCAGAUGGAAAGCUCCUUGUUCAGGCGAGCUUUAAUUGGCCAACAUUGUUGAAAUAAGCUGGUUUUGUUGUGGCUUCAGUGAUAGUCCAGUAUACUUUGGCCGUGAUUAGGUGUUCGACGUGAAGAAAACGCUGAGGAAAAUCCUGUCUCUUACAACACCGGUCACAAACACUUUAAUAUAUGAUUGUAAAAAUAGGAAGCUUAACUUAGCAGUCAUAAUGCUGUGUACGCUUGGACAUUGGUUUAUAUUCCGUGUCAAAACAAGGCCAGAAUUAUCCAGGUCACCAAAACUUUUCAUUUUUAGCCGUUGUAAUAAGUUACAUUCUUUAUGCUUUUGCCAUUGUUUUCCGUUCCUUUAUUCGAGACACAAGAAACAAAAUGAAGAGAAAAAAAAAAAACGGGUUCUUGCAUGAUGUCGGAUGCUCUGAGAGCCGGAGUCUGAACUUCUGCGUGGUACAGCGGUGGCUCAGCAAAUACAAUCACUUCUCUCAAUACCCUGCUCUUUAAUAUGGAGGUGUUUUACCGUUGCCGUAGUCUUCAUGUCCCUCAGAGCAUUUUAUGGCUAUUCUUUGAUUGUAGAAGCCCUAUUUUAUACUGAGAGUUAUUUCAGAAUACAGUAUGUGCUGUUAAACAUUAAAUGUAUUGUAUGGAGAAAGCUAAAUAAAUGCUGUUUGAAAACUACCCA